GGUUAGAGUUGUGUACCAAAGAUCAUGCGUGUGCGCCUUUACGCAUAUACACGAGGGUGUCUCUGAAAAAAAUCAAUUAAUAUAAUCAAUCCUUGCUGUCUCUACCUCUCUGGUCUCUACGAUCGUAGAAUGUAGAGAGGCAAAAAUUCGGUACUGCUCGUUGCUACGAUCAUCGAGAUUUGGAACAUUCGGAUUCUAACCUUUGGAAUGUUCUAGAAACGUUUCUAGAAAGUCUGACAAAAUCAGACGAAACCUGGGAAAAGGGUGUCUCGUGAGAGAAAAACAUUUAAGCGACAUUUAUCGAGGUGCUCUUCCAAAAAUCGAACGGACAGUGGAUAACUCAAACGUCAAAUAGAUCCUCUCGAGAUGUCACAGGAGACGGGUCUGUUGCACUGUUAUCAUCGCGGCUGCGGGAAGAAGUUCGAUCCGAACGACAAUAAGGACGACGAUUGCUUUCACCAUCCAGGACAUCCGGUGUUUCACGACGCGUACAAAGGAUGGUCCUGCUGCAACAAAAAGUGUACGGACUUCACCGAAUUCCUGAAUAUCAAGGGCUGCACAAAGGCUAGGCACUCGAACGAGAAGCCGUUGGAGCCGGAGAAACCGCCGGUCGACAGAUGCAAGGUUGAUGAGGUGAUACAGGUCGUCGCGAAACCCGUGAGUAACGGUGUUGCGUCCCUGCCGAGGCCUCCGUUCGACGUGCCUCAGCUCACGCUGUCGCCGACGAUAUCUCCCGCUCUGCUGGAACAAAUUAAAGGGCUGACAACUCUGGAGAGCGACAAACCGAUAGAUAAUGUAGUACGGAUAGGACAGUCCUGUAAGAAUAAUUCCUGCAAGGGGACCUACAUGGGAAUCGCCUCCAACAAGGAGGUUUGCAAUUAUCAUUCUGGUGUACCUAUCUUCCACGAGGGAUUGAAAUAUUGGUCCUGCUGUCAAAAGAAAACUACAGAGUUCUCCGUGUUUCUGGAACAGCCGGGCUGUACGCAAGGCAGACACGUGUGGUUUUCCAAGAAUACGGGAAAGAAGGCUCAAUGCAGGAUGGACUGGCAUCAAACCGGAUCGUUUGUAGUCGUUUCUAUAUUUGCCAAAAAAUAUCUGCCCAGUCAGUCUGUCAUAAAAUUGAACCCUAUCCAUCUGACUGUAGAUUUAUUCUUUAUAGAAGAGAAUUCGAGAUAUAAUCUUGAUGUAGAAUUGGCAGGAAUCGUCGAUAUCGAGCAAAGUAGCGUACACAUGCUGCCAACUAAAGUAGAAAUUAAAUUAAGGAAGGCCGAAUUUGGUUCUUGGUCGAAGCUGAACGUUCCUAGAGAAGCAAAGCCGAUGAACUCUGAAAGUAAUGAAAAUAUAUGUACAAACCUCAAUUCGCAAAUUGAAGCUGUCGAUCUUAGUGAUCUUUAAAUACCAAUGGUUGUUAAUUAUUAAAGAUUAUACAUAUAUAUAAUUAAAUCAUAGCAAUUCAAAUAAUUUGUUCAAAAAUGUGAAAGAAACAUUUUCUAACAAAAAAAUUGUAUUGACACCUUUUUAUAUUAACCCCUAGGAAUCUAUAGAUAGAAAUGUAUUCUUGUUUUUUUCAUUGUUAAAUCAGAAAAGUCUAAACUAUAAAUGUACGUAAAAUGCA